AUGCCUCAACGUAGCACAUCUGGCGGUCUGAUAACAACGCUUCUAUUUUGUGUGGCGGGUCUCUAUGGAUCGUUCAUCUCGUGGUCUCUUCUUCAGGAAAGAAUAAAUACAAAGCCAUAUGGUUACAAUCCAGAUACUGGGAGUCCUGAUUUUUUCAAAGCUCCUCUUGUAGUAAACAUAGUCCAAGCAUUAUUUGCAGCUAUAGUCGGGCUCAUUUAUUCUUUGGUUACAUCCAAGGGGAAUCCAUUUGGCUUGUUUUUCCAACAAGAUAAAGUUUUGUCGAGACAAUAUUUCAAAUCAUUUGUGUUGAUUUCAAUUACUUCCAGUUUAGCUUCUCCACUUGCCUAUAAAUCGUUGAAACACGUUGAUUAUUUGGCCUUUUUGCUUGCAAAGUCAUGCAAGCUUAUCCCUGUCUUGUUGAUCCAUACUACCCUCUAUAGAACAAGAUUCCCACUUUAUAAAUAUCUUGUUGCAGGUUCUGUAUCUGCUGGGGUUGUUCUUUUCACAUUGGCACAACUGUCCAAGGGUAAAAGUAAAUCCAGUAUCAAUGAUGGACAAUUAAUUCUAGGCAUGGUUCAACUUGUUGGAUCCAUGUGUUUGGAUGGUUUGACAAACUCCACUCAAGAUCAACUUUUCAAAUUAAACAGUAAUAAUUCAAAAGUCGCAUCUAUUAAACUCACAGGUGCAAGUUUGAUGUGUAUUUUAAACACAUUUAUGUUUUUGAUUAGUUUCGGUUACGCCUUAGUGUUCAAAUACGAAGAAGAAAUUGGAUAUACCCUUAACUUUAUUCAACAUUAUCCACAAGCUCUUACAAACAUUUUAGCAUUUUCCAUUCUUGGAGCGGUUGGACAAAUUUUUGUAUUUAUCAUUUUGGAGAAAUUUGAUUCUUUAAUUCUUGUUACUGCUACAGUUACUAGAAAAAUGAUCAGUAUGAUUUUAAGUGUGAUCAUGUUUGGUCACCAUUUGACUGCAUUACAAUGGUUUGGUGUAGGUUUAGUUUUCACAGGAAUUGGAUAUGAAGCCGUUGCCAAACUGCCAAAGAAAGAGAAUAAGGAGAAGAAGAGUCAAUAG